AUGAUUCCCAAAGAUGAUGUUGAUAUUUUGUUUCCUUCCAAGCGAUUAAAAAGGGGUUCUACAGAUCUUACAUCAGGGGGAGAUGAACCAUUUCCUUGGCAUUUCCCUUCAAUAUUCUUAUCAUCUUCAUUUAGCCGAUGCAACAAGGUGUUGUAUAAAGAGAAGACUUCUGUAAUUGAUACACACAAAACAUGGUCGGGCAAAGUUCCAAGAGGAAACCGAGGUCACAUGAAGAGCAUUUGGAAAGUUAACAUUGAAUCUUGUGUUGAUGCUUCACCCAUGGUUGUGUUAAAAGGCUCAGAUAUUUAUUUAUUCAUUGGAUCUCACUCACACAAGUUUCUCUGCAUAAAUGCUAGAAGUGGUUCUAUACAGUGGGAGAUCAAACUAGAAGGCCGGGUUGAAUGUACGGCAGCGGUCGUCCCUGAUUUUUCCCAGGUGGUUGUUGGUUGUUACAUGGGAAAAAUCUAUUUUCUUGAUUUUCGGAAUGGACACAUCUGUUGGACUUUUCAAACAUCCGGUGAGGUUAAAUCACAGCCUGUUACAGACACACGCAGACAAUUGAUCUGGUGUGGCUCGUAUGAUCAUAACUUAUAUGCUCUUGAUUACAAAAAUCAUUGUUGUGUCUAUAAGUUACCAUGUGGAGGCAGUAUCUAUGGGUCACCUGCAAUUGAUGAGGUUCGUGGCGUGCUUUAUGUGGCCUCUACUGGUGGUCGUAUAACAGCUGUAUCGAUAUCAGUUUCCUCAUUUAGUAUAUUAUGGCUACUUGAAUUAGAAGUCCCAGUGUUUGGUUCUCUGGCUGUCACUCAAAAUGGAACUCUAAUAUGUUGUUUGGUUGAUGGCCAUGUUCUUGCAUUGAAUCCCAACGGAUCCAUAGUUUGGAAGAAAACAACCGGUGGUCCAAUAUUUGCUGGGCCAUGCAUACCUUCUACCCUUCCUCAUGAGGUGCUUGUAUGCUGCAGAAAUGGAAGUGUAUACUCGUUCAAACUAGAAAAGGGAGAUCUAAUAUGGGAAUACAAUGUUGGAAAUCCAAUUACUGCAUCGGCUUAUGUUGACGAGCACUUGCAGCUGGAGUCCGAAUCUGAUGCUUCCCACACUUCGGACAGGUUUAUUUGCAUUUGUUCUAGUUCUGGAGGUAUACACCUUCUUCGAGUAAACACAGAUCUAUCCGAAGAUACAAAUCAACUAAAAAGCGAAGUGCAGGAAUUUGCAAGACUCGACUUGCCGGGGGAUAUAUUCUCUUCGCCGUUAAUGAUUGGUGGCCGGAUUUUUGUUGGUUGUAGGGAUGAUUACUUGCACUGUGUUGCCCUUGAAAUUCCAAAGCAACAUGGGAGUUAA